AUGGUAGUUGUGGUGGAGAUCAAGAGCGGGCAAGGUAAUGGCCUUACGAAUGAUAUGAUCAAUCACGUCUUCAAUUCGCAAACCAUUGCUUUGGAAUACGUACGACAACAACUGGGCUAUCGCCAGACGGAGAAAAUGGAAAAACUUUCGCAAAUGCCAUUCUUGCAAGAUCUGCUAGGCUUCAUUGAAAGUGACCUUAUCGUCUAUCCUCGUCUCAAUAGCUUUACCAGGGAUCUUGACAAUAUGUAUAAAUGCAUGAGAAUACGCGGUGAGCUCAACGGGAUGGCUAUUUACCUUGGAUGUGCGCUGGAUAACGGCUUGUCGAUGCAUUUGAAUGCGAGGGGAGAUGCCUUUUUUAUUGGCACAACGUCAACAGGUAAACCAGUCACUAGCAACGUGCUUUGGGGAGCUGCGAGCUUUAUAUACAAGGCUAUGGAUUACUACUCUGAUGAAGAUUACGCACCAGAGCAACGAGAAGAAUUAUUCCGCAAAUGGGGUCAGCAAUAUCGUAUGGGUACGUGGGAGCCUAUGGCGGGAAGUGUUGGUCUUAACUUGUACCAGACAGACCCUUUCAAAUGUCAGACGCACUGGACAACACUUGAUCAUCGUACACACUCGUAA